UUGGAGCGUAGCCAUGGCCGUUGGGCUGGCGGCGGCCGCCGCGGACUGAGGCCCGAGCGGGAGGGGCCUGGCCGCGGGUACCUGCUCGACGCCAGGCCGGCGCCUGCGGCCUGCCCCGGGGCCCUCCCCUUCUCCCUCCCCCCUCACAGGCCCGCACCGGCCCACGGGAUGAAGGCGGCACAGGGGGGCGCCGAGGAAACGGAGAAGCUGAAUAAGAUGAGUUCUCUCUUGGAACGACUUCAUGCAAAGUUUAACCAAAACAGACCUUGGACUGAAACGGUGAAGCUUGUCCGUCAAGUCAUGGAAAAACGGGUUGCGAUGAACUCUGGGGGCCAUCAACAUCUGGUGAGCUGUUUGGAGACUUUGCAGAAAGCAUUAAAAGUAUCGUCUCUGCCUGCCAUGACAGAUCGCUUGGAGUCUAUAGCUAGACAAAACGGCCUUGGAUCUCACCUUAGUGCAAAUGGCACUGAAUGUUACAUCACUUCAGACAUGUUCUAUGUGGAAGUCCAGUUAGAUCCUACAGGGCUGCUGUGUGAUGUGAAGGUGGCGCACCAUGGAGAAAAUCCUGUGAGCUGUCCAGAACUGGUGCAACAGCUGAGAGAGAAAAACUUUGAUGAAUUCUCUAAGCAUCUAAAGGGGCUUGUGAACCUUUAUAAACUUCCUGGAGACAACAAACUUAAAACUAAAAUGUACUUGGCUCUUCAGUCUUUGGAGCUGGAUCUCUCAAAGAUGGCAGUGAUGUACUGGCAAGCCACCAACGCAAGUCUCCUCGACAAGAUUCUUCAUGGCAGUGUUGGGUAUCUCACCCCAAGAAGUGGAGGUCACCUGAUGAAUCUCAAGUAUUACGUUUCGCCCUAUGAUUUAUUUGAAGAAGGCACUGGAGCCCCCAUUAUUUUGCAUGAGAACAACGGUACGUCACCUAAAAGGCUGCGUCUGGCCACUGAUUGUACUUUAGUCCCUCGGUCUUUGGGCAUGAACGCAUCGAUAACAAUCGAAGGAACCUUGGCUAUGUACAAACUCCCAAUUGCACCAUUAAUUAUGGGAUCUCAUCCUGUUGACAACAAAGGGACUCCAUCCUUCUCAUCAGUCACCAGUGCCAACAGUGUUGACUUGCCAGCUUGCUUCUUCUUGAAGUUCCCACGACCUAUUCCAGUAUCCCGGGCUUUCAUUCAGAAACUGCAGAGCUGCACAGGAAUCCCAUUGUUUGACACCCCGCCAACGUUUGUCCCCCUGUAUGAGCUGAUCACGCAGUUUGAGUUAUCCAAGGAGACCGAUUCUGUACCUUUAAACCACAACAUGCGCUUCUAUGCAGCUCUUCCAGGACAGCAGCACUGCUAUUUCCUGAACAAGGAUGCUCCUCUUCCAGAUGGAAGAAGCCUGCAAGGAACUCUCAUUAGUAAAAUCACCUUCCAGCACCCUGGCCGGGUUCCUCUCAUCCUCAACUUGAUCAGGCAUCAGGUGGCCUACAACACACUGAUUGGCAGUUGUGUCAAGCGAACUGUUUUAAAAGAAGAUUCUCCUGGGAUCCUGCAAUUUGAAGUUUGCCCCCUCUCCGAUUCCUGUUUCAGUGUAUCCUUUCAGCAUCCUGUGAAUGACUCCCUGGUGUGUGUGGUCAUGGAUGUGCAGGACUCCACACAUGUGAACUGUAAACUAUAUAAAGGGCUCUCUGAUGCUCUCAUCUGUACAGAUGACUUCAUUGCCAAAGUUGUUCAAAGAUGUAUGUCCAUUCCUGUGACGAUGAGAGCCAUUCGUAGAAAGGCAGAAACCAUUCAGGCAGAUACACCAGCCCUGUCCCUUAUUGCAGAGACAGUAGAAGACAUGGUGAAGAAAAACCUUCCCCCCGCCAGCAGCCCAGGGUACGGCAUGACCACAGGCAACAACCCAAUGAGUGGUACCACUACACCAACAAACACUUUUCCGGGGGGGCCCAUCACUACCCUGUUUAACAUGAGCAUGAGCAUGAAAGAGAGGCAUGACUCGGUGGGCCAUGGGGAGGACUUCAGCAAAGUGUCUCAGAACCCUAUUCUCACUAGUUUGUUGCAGAUCACAGGGAAUGUGGGGUCUACCAUAGGCUCAAGUCCAACCCCUCCCCAUCACACGCCACCACCAGUAUCCUCACCAGCAAGCAACACCAAGAACCACCCGAUGCUCAUGAACCUCCUUAAAGACAAUCCUCCUCAGGACUUCUCCACUCUGUAUGGGAGCAGCCCUCUUGAAAGGCAGAACUCUUCUUCUGGCUCCCCCAGAAUGGAAAUGGGCCCUGGGGGGAACAAGCAAAAGAAAAAAAAAUCUCGCACACCAGCAGACAAGCCCAAGCAUCAAACUGAGGAUGAUUUUCAGAGAGAGCUGUUUUCAAUGGACGUUGAUUCCCAGAACCCGAUUUUUGAUGUCAACAUGACCGCUGACACUCUGGAUACCCCUCAUAUUACUCCAGCGCCCAGUCAGUGCAGCACUCCGCCUACUACGUACCCCCAGCCGAUACCUCACUCUCAGCCCAGUAUUCAGAGGAUGGUUCGACUUUCCAGUUCAGACAGCAUUGGAGCUGAUGUUACUGAUAUCCUUUCUGAUAUAGCAGAGGAAGCUGCCAAGCUCCCCAGCACUAAUGAGGACUGUCCACCCAUCGGAACGCCUGUAAGAGACUCUUCUAGUUCAGGACAUUCACAAAGUGCCCUAUUUGACCCCGAUGUCUUUCAGACAAAUAGCGAGAACCCGUACACUGAUCCAGCCGACCUUAUAGCAGAUGCUACUGUGAGCCCAAACAGUGACUCUUCAAACCAUUUUUUCCCAGACGGAGUCGAUUUCAAUCCUGACUUACUGAACAGUCAGAGUCAAAGUGGCUUUGGGGAGGAGUACUUCGAUGAGAGCAGUCAGAGUGGAGAUGCUGACGAUUUCAAGGGCUUUGCAUCCCAGGCGCUAAGUAGUUUGGGAGUGCAAGUGUUGGGGGGUGAUGGGGGAGAAAAUAAAUUUAAAGGAAGCAAUCAGGCAGACCUGGUUGACUUUAGUAUUAUUGCAGCUGCGAGCAAAACCCUGGGGUCCUCUGACAUUAUGGAGCAUCAUAGUGGAAGCCAGAGCCCUUUACUAAGUACAGGGGAUUUGGGAAAGGAAAAGUCUCAGAAACGGGUAAAAGAAGGCAAUGGCUCUGGGAGUAGUUUAUCGGGUCCUGGGCUAGAUGGUAAACCAGGAAAACGCAGCCGGACCCCGUCCAGUGAUGGUAAAAGUAAAGAAAAGCUUCCAAAGCGGAAGAAAGCGGACAUAGAAGGGAAAUCUCCCUCUCAUAGUUCAUCCAACAGACCUUUCACCCCACCAGCAAGCUCUGGUGGGUCAAAAUCUCCUGGAAGUUCAGGCAGAUCUCAGACUCCUCCUGGUGUAGCCACUCCUCCUAUUCCAAAAAUCACAAUUCAGAUCCCCAAAGGGACAGUGACUGUUGGCAAACCUUCACACGGCCAGUAUACAAGCAGUGGCUCUGUCUCCUCAAGCAGCAAAAGCCAUCACAGCCAUUCCUCCUCCUCUUCCUCCUCCUCUUCUGCCUCAGGCAAAGUAAAAAGCAGCAAAUCAGAAGGGUCUUCUGGCUCAAAGAUGAGCAGCAGCCUCUACCUGAGCCAAGGUGGAUCAGGUUCAGGGCAGUCAAAAAGCUCCGCUCAGUCUGUGGGAAAGCCUGGGUCCUCCCCUAUCACCAAACAUGGCCUCAGCAGCAGUUCCGGAGGUACCAAGAUGAAGCCUCAAGGGAAGCCUUCAUCACUUAUGAACCCUUCCAUGAGUAAACCAAACAUUUCUCCUUCACAUUCUAGACCAUCAGGGGGUUCUGACAAGCUUGCCUCUCCAAUGAAACCUGUUCCAGGUACUCCCCCGUCAUCAAAAGCAAAAUCGCCUAUCAGUUCGGGUUCUGGGGGCUCACAUAUGUCUGGGACUGGAUCAGGGUCAAAUAUGAAGUCCUCUUCAGGAAUGGGAUCCUCUGGGUCCAUGUCGCAGAAACCACCUCCUUCAUCAAACUCUUCUGCAGCAUCUUCAUCUUCCUUUUCAUCUGGUGGUUCUUCCAUGUCUUCAUCUCAGAACCAGCAUGGAAGCUCCAAGGGCAAAUCUCCAAGCAGAAACAAGAAGCCAUCCUUGAUUGCAGUCAUAGACAAACUUAAACAUGGGGUUGUUACUAGUGGGCCUGGAGGUGAAGACCCAAUGGAUGGACAGAUGGGGCCAAGUUCCAAUUCCUCAAGCCAUUCUUUGUCCUCCAAACACAACAUGUCUGGAGGCGAAUUUCAGGGGAAGCGGGAGAAAAGCGACAAAGACAAAUCUAAAGUCUCUGUUUCUGGAGGAUCUGUUGACUCUUCCAAGAAGACUUCGGAUUCCAAAAACAUUGGUAGUACUGGAGUGGCCAAGAUUAUCAUCAGCAAACACGAUGGUGGUUCCCCUAGCAUAAAAGCCAAAGUAACCUUGCAGAAACCUGGGGAAGGAGGUGGGGAUAGUUUAAGGCCUCAGAUGGCUUCUUCCAAAAGCUAUGGAUCCCCUCUGAUCAGUGGGUCUACUCCAAAGCAUGAACGCUGCUCACCCAGCCACAGUAAGUCACCAGCAUACACUCCUCAAAACAUAGACAGUGAGAGCGAGUCUGGCUCCUCUAUAGCAGAGAAAUCCUAUCAGAACAGUCCCAGCUCUGAUGAUGGCAUUAGGCCACUACCGGAAUAUAGUUCAGAAAAACAUAAGAAGCACAAAAAAGAGAAGAAGAAAGUGAAAGACAAAGACCGUGACAGAGAUAGGGAUCGUGACAAAGACAGAGACAAGAAGAAGUCUCAUAGCAUUAAACCAGAAAGUUGGUCUAAAUCACCUAUUUCUUCUGACCAGACUCUGUCCAUGACAAGCAGUGCUAUCCUAUCAGCUGACAGGCCAUCCCGGCCAAGCCCUGACUUUUUGAUUGGGGAGGAAGACGAUGACCUCAUGGAUGUUGCUCUGAUUGGCAAUUAAUUUUUUUAAAAUAAUUUUAAAAGAUCUCGAGAACCUCCCAGUGGGUUCUAGAGAUAGCAAGCAAAGAAUCGUUCAUUUCAGAAUACCACACUUACCUUGAGGGACGUGGUUUAAAAGGAAAACAGUAUUCCUGAGGAUCUCAAAAACCUGCACAGAAUACCUGCGAGUGCCGAUCUUUCUGACUGGGAAUGGCAAACCAGUCUUCUGACUGUGGCCCCAAGUCUGCAGCCCAUUUACACACAUGCUGAAUUUUACAUGUAUUAAUAGUCCUAUAAAGUCAACGGGCGUAGAGUUAAGCAUGUGGGUAAGUGUUUGGAGGAACAGACCCUAAAUUGGUGCAGAAACAUAAGUUAUUGUUGAAGAAUUAGAUUUUUCCCCCUCCCUCUCCUUUUCAUGAUAAGUUUUUAGUAAGUUUUGAGCUAAUAACUUUAGGGCAUAUUUUAAUGUUUGGGGCUUGUGGUUUUCUCUUUUUUUGAAGGGUGUCUGGAGAAAAGAGAAAUGCUUUGCAGGUUUCUUUUAUGGAGUUUCUUCAUCAUUUAGUGUCUGAUUCUUAGAGGUGCUGAGGACCUU